GUCCACGACAACUCCAUCCUCAUAUCCGUACAUGAUACCUACCACGCCAGACAACCAUUAUUUACUCUUCCUCGUCGCAACUUCUUCAAGACACGAGAAUGCCUGGAGCCUGAAACCGUUUUCUAGCUGAACCUCUGCUCAACUUGUCAAGCGCCCAGACACCCGCCUGCCCACUUCAGCCUGACCGAUGGCUCCCGCCAUUCCCUCGGCCGAACUACGACUGUCUUAUCCCCUCUACGCCGUCGACUUUGACCCUCAGGAUGCAAAUCGACUCGCGGUAGGUGGAGGCGGCGGCCCCGCCAGGAGUGGUGUUGGUAACAAGAUUACCCUCUUGGACACUUCGCGUGAGGACUCGCUGCAGAUCGUCUCCGAGAUCGAACUCAGCCGCGAUGAGGACAGCGUCAACACCCUCGCCGUCGGUUCCCGCAGGAGAAACUCGAUCCUCCUCUACGCUGGCAUCAACUCGGCCGAGGCGGACAUCAAGAAGGGCAAGAACGAGCAUUUCCGCGUCCUUGCUGCCGAGCUGCCCUCGAAGGCCAAGGCUGGCGCCGCCGGGCCCAACAUCACCGAACUCUCGCGAUCCGCCUUACUCUCGUCGACAGAUCUCGAGGCAUAUCAAAGGGUGCUCAGGAUAUCCCCGCCAUUUACCGGGUCAAAACAGGUUGGCGCUGUCGCAACUGGGACAAUUGGCCGUGCCAAGGAUGCGCAGAUUGCCAUCUUUGAUGUGCCGCCGGCGGGCAGCAACAAUCCAGCACCGAGCCUGCGAGGAAAGGUGGAGCUGGUGAAGGAGGCAAUGGAUGUGGACGUCUUACAGACGUCGGACGAGGAUUAUCAACUAAUAUAUUGCGAUGACUACGACAUCUACGCCAUGAACAUUAGCAAGACCGACACCACUGGCCCGCAUUGCAUAUUCACAAUGCCGCAUGACGAGUCAAGCGGCGCAAAAGCUCGCCCAUCCUUCCGUUGCAUCCGCUACCUCACCACAACCUUUGUGCUCGCCGUCGCAAACCUUCCCAAUGCAGGCGGCGCCGUCCUCCAGGGAUUCCGCCUGCCCAGGCCCUCCGACAUGGGUAAAGAGGAGGAAGCGGCGGCCGGAAAAAGAGGCAAGGCGCGCCUCGCCAUAUCUGCCCACCUACCCAGAAGCAUUACCCGGGCCACCGGCUUGGCCGUCCGCAACCUCUCGCCGCCGCCUAGCCCCUCCGCAAGACAAGGCGACACGCAGUUCGUCGUCGCCGUAACAGGCCAGGACAGCUCCAUCACCGUGUACACGGUCGAGCACCAGACCUCGUCCGUUUCGGAUGUCAACCUCAUCACCAAACUCCACCCCGUAACAACCCUCAAGGCAGUACACCAAGGCCCCAUCUCGGGCAUCGCAUUCUCCCACUUCAUCCCACCGCCAAAACCUUCCUCAUCCUCGUCGGCGCCGCCCACCCGCGCUCCGCACCUAAAACUGGCCUCGGUCGGCUCCAUGGCAAACACCCUAGUCGUGCACUCCCUUCCUCUGAAAAAAGUCACACCCGCCAACCUACCGCGCGGCCCGCCCCGCCCACCCCGCUACGUCCUGGGUCUGAAGAGCCACGGCCCGUCCCCGCGGGACCUGAUCAUCUUCUCAGCGGUCGUCUUUGCCACCCUUGCCCUGCUCCUGCAGGGCUUGCUUGAGGUCAAGGGCCUGGCCCGGCCGCUCAUCGGCGCGCGCAACUUCACGCCCGUCUCUUGGCACGCCGAGCCUGCUUAUCGAUCGCAUCAUGAUAGGCUAAUAAGCGAGAAGGGGAAGGAUGGCUCCCUGUUUGCUGACUAUCGGGCGAGGUCGGCGCAGUUGGCUACUACCAAGGGGCAGGAGGAUGGGGACGGCGGGUUGGUGGUGUUGCAUGCUGGCGGUGAGGGUGAUGGUGAUGAUUCAGUGAGUGUCCACGUGCAUGACGAGGAAAAGCAUGGGCAGGCGAGGCGUUGGGACGACAUGGGCCGUGCUCAGAAGGAGGCUUGGAAGGAGAGGCUGAAGAAGGCUGGACACUGGGGCGAGGAGAUGGGGGAGGCUGUGUUCAAGGGAGUGCUGUUUGGGGAGAUUGCUGGGGUCGUGGGAGCUAUGGUGCGAUGAGGCAGAGGCUAUGUGUAUGAAUUGGUCUAACGGUAUACGGCCUGGCGGCUUUGGCUGCUUGGAAGGAUGGGCAGGGACUGCCAGUGGGUGGGUGAGCUUGUACUAUUCUUCCAUUCCCAUUCUUGGGUGAGAUCCCAAAAGGCAAUUGGGAAACUGAAGGGCUGCUUGCAAGUUUUCUACUAGUACAACCGUGGGCACCGCAACACCCAACGCCCUUUUCUCCCGUGUAUGCGGCGUCCAUCUCCAGAUCUCACAGAAACCUGUUGCUACGUCUUAGAACUCCGUUGGGUCGGCAAUGACGGAGAGUGAGACGGGCGUUCAGAACUCAUGAUCUUAUGUAUGUAACCCCCUUUCUCAGCUGUAGAUUCAACCGCCUCCGCC